CCAUCCUUGGAUUGACGCACAUUGGGAACCAAAUCAGGGGAUCGAUACGUACAAUAAUUGUUUAGCUUUAGCUGAUCUAGAAUCAAACACCGAAUACAAACUGAUCUGUAUCGAUUACAAAUCAUCUCAAGCCCAGCUCAAAACCAGUGAAAAUGGCCGAAAUUAAACCUCUAAUGAGACGAAAUAAACCCGGUACGAAAUCCAAAGAUUUUUACAACUGGCCGGAAGAACAAUUCGAAGAAAUGGAUAGUACUUUAGCCGUACAACAGUAUAUACAACAAUUAAUACGCAACAACCCUGCCGAUAUCGAUACCAUUUUAAAUCCUCCGGAAUCUCAAGACGAAGGAGUUUGGAAAUACGAGCACCUGAGACAGUUUUGUCUAGAAUUACACGGUCUUGCUGUACGAUUACAAGACGAAUGUAGUCCAGAAACGUGCGUUCAGAUGACCGCCUCUGAACAGUGGAUAUUUUUAUGCGCAGCUCAUAAAGCACCUAAAGAAUGUCCGGCCAUUGAUUAUACGCGGCAUACGUUGGAUGGUGCCGCUUGUUUGUUGAAUAGCAAUAAAUAUUUUCCUAGUCGUAUUAGUAUCAAGGAACAAUCGGUCACCAAAUUGGGUUCGGUUUGUCGACGAGUAUAUAGAAUAUUUUCACAUGCUUAUUAUCACCAUAAGGCUAUUUUCGACGAAUUCGAAGAUAAAACAUAUCUAUGUAGAAGAUUUACCACCUUUGUUAUGAAAUAUUCGCUAAUGCCGAAAGAAAGUGCUAUUGUUCCUAUAUUAGGACUAUUAGGAGAAGAAACAACCGAUGCUGCUAUGCCCACCGAAUCUGAAGCGUAAAUAUCCCCCCAUUAGUUUUAUCUUCCGUAAUUUUUUCUUUCGUAUUGAUAUCACGAUUUAUUAUCUAUUUUAUUAUGAUUUUUUUCGCGUUACGAAGUAAAACGUGUCAGUGUAAAUAUCAUUAUUAUUUUAAUUUAUUUAGAUAUGCUCGUAUAUAUUUAUAUAAAAUAGUCGCUUUUACGACGUUGACAAAUAAAUUGACUACGAAUUUAUCACUUCUCUGUUUGAAACUUAUGAUUUUUUUAUACUUAAACAUUUCCCAGAUCCCUUGAUACUGUAAGCAUGACACCUUCGAAACAGAUUAGAUUUUAGAUGCCAUUAUAAUGAAAUUAUCUAAGCAUAUAAUUUUUCUACUUUCUAUCCGAAUAGAAUCGCCUUGGUUCUAUCUUUUUUUAAAAUAUCGAAUGUGUAUUGAAAAUCUACAUAACAUAAAUAACAUGCUUACCUAUAUGAAUAAAAUUUUGUGCACAUUUCGUUCA